GCGUGUCGCCUAGCAAUGGGUCCGUCGCGGCAAACCGCUCCCCCCCGGUCCGUCCGGCAACCGGUUCCCCCGACAACCCGCGCCCCGGGCCGGCAGUCCGACCCCGCCAUGACGCGAGUGUGCAACGAGACGUUCGGAUCGCUGCCGGACGGCAGCCCCGUGGUCCGCUUCACGCUGCGCUCCAGCUCCAUCACCCUCCGCGUCCUCUCCUUCGGCGCCAUCGUGACCAGCCUGGAGACCGAGGACCGCGAUGGGCGGGCGGCAGACCUGGUCCUGGGCUUCGACACCCUCGAAGGCUAUAUUAACAAGCAUCCUUACUUUGGAGCAGCAAUUGGCCGUGUUGCUAAUCGAAUCGCCCAAGGCAAGUUCAGUAUUGAUGGAAAAGAUUAUCAGCUGGCCAUUAAUGAUGGGCCUAAUAGUUUACAUGGCGGCUUGAAAGGAUUUGACAAGGUCCUAUGGACACCUGAAAUCCUGCCAAAUGGAGUGAAGUUUUCGAUGACGAGUGUUGAUGGUGAUGAGGGGUACCCUGGGGAGCUGAGGGUCUGGGUGACGUAUGAGUUGAAUGGAGAAGAGCUGUCGAUUAACUACAGGGCCACGACCUCCAAGACCACACCUGUGAACUUGACCAACCAUUCCUAUUUCAAUCUAGCCGGACAUGGAAUCCCCACAAUCUAUGACCAUGAGGUUUCAAUCGAAGCAGAGAACUACCUGCCGGUGGAUAAGACAUCAAUUCCGACUGGUGAAAUUGCCUCGGUGGUGAAUACGUAUUUUGAUCUGAGAAAUCCUGUUGUGCUUGGAAACCACAUUAAGAAUAAGCUAACUGAAGGCUUUGACCACAAUUUCUGCCUGAGCCUCUCCAAGCAACGGUCUCCUUGUGCAAGGGUUUACCAUCGGCCGAGCGGCAGAUUGCUGGAGGUAGAGACGACACAGCCAGGAAUUCAGUUCUACACUGCCAACUUUCUUGACGGGAGCUUGAAGGGGAAGGGAGGAGCUAUAUACCCUAAGCAUUCUGCUUUUUGCCUGGAAACCCAGAACUGGCCUGACGCUGUCAACAAGAUGGAAUUCCCAGACGUGCUACUGAGACCCAAUGAGGAAUAUAAUCAUACAACCUGGUUCAAGUUCUCUGUUGUAAAACAGUAACGUGAGCAGCUACAUUUAAUGCCUUAAUUGAAUAAAAACACUUUCUUAGAUGAUGGGGAAAUAUUCACACAUGGAUGGCGUGGGUUUGAUGAAGCGAGAAAAGAUUUAACACUUUUAACAAUCACACUUCGUUUUGUGUCCAUCAGAGGGAGCACAUGUGCAGAAGUGCCAACCUUAGUGGCAAUGCCUCUACUUCAGGGCAUUGCAUAAGAAAGGUUCCUCGAAAUAAAAUACUCUUCAUAUGAAUUACUGCAGGAAAUCGGUGUACACUAAUGUUACUGCACAAUUUUAAUAAUGUGUCAAAAAAUUGGACAUUUCGCAAUUUGAAAGAAUUUUAAGAUUUCAGUAGCUUUGCAGUUUGUAGAUUCUAUCAGUUAUUUGUAGUUAAAUCAAGCAGCUUUUAAAUAAUGUCUUAGUUUGUGUAACAUUGUAAUAGUUCUUUCAAUAGCUUUGAAUUUAAAAAAAUUAUAUCUGCGUUGUGCAAAUGAUAUUCCUACAUCACCAAUCAGUGCCUUUACACAUGGUAAUUUGAACAAGAGCAUGAAUGAAGUGACAAUUUGAAUUUUCUCUCGUAACUUUUUCAAAUCGUCAUAUAGCAUAGUAACAUGCCCUUUGGCCCAACUUGCAUAUGCUGACCAAGAUGCCUAUAGUCCCACCUACCCACAUUUGGCCCAUAUCACUCUAAACCUAUCCUAUCCAUGUACCUGUCCAAAUGUCUUAAAUAUUGUGAUGUGUUAGAAGGAACUGCAGAUGCUGCUUUAAACCGAAGAUAGACACAAAAAGUUGGAGUAACUCAGCAGGACAGGCAGCAUCUCUGGAGAGAAGGAAUGGGUGAUAUUUUGGGUCGAGUCCCUUCUUCAGAUGUUAUUGUACAUGCCUCAACUACCUCCUCUGGCAGUUCAUUCCAUAUACUCAUCACCCUCUGAGUGAAAAGAUUGCCCCUCAGGUUCCUAUUAAAUCUUUCCCCUCUCACCAUAAUCCCCCCCCCCCCCCCCCCCCCCCUCCCGGUUCUUGAUUUUCCUACUCAGGGUGAACACGCAGUGUCUUUUACCCAAUCUGUGCCCCUCAUGAUGUUAUACCGCUCUUUAAGAUCACCCUUCAUCCUCCUGUGCUCCAAGGAAUAAAGUCCUAGUCUGCCCAACUUUUCCCCAUGGCUCAGGCCCUCGAGUCCUGGCAACAUCCUUGUAAAUCUUCUCUGCGCUCUUUCCAGCUUAACAACAUUAAGAAAGUCUGAAGAAGGGUCUCAACCUGAAACACCCAUUCCUUCUCUCCAGAGAUGCUGCCUGUCCCGCUGAGUUACUCCAGCUUUUUGUGCCUAACCUUCCUGCAAAAUAUUGACUCCAAACAUUUUUAAAAUAUAAAUUUAGGUUCCCUCCCCGGUUAUUUAACCAGUUUUAUGAUAAACCGUUACCUUUUCCAGAUGAGCUACAAAAUUGAAAAUGAAUACAUUAUUUAUUCCUUAUUUCUCCAGAUGACUAAAAUAGUUUGCAGAAAGAUGACUUGCUGUGAAUUUGCCAUGAAUUACAUACAUACCUAGAACAGGAACAGGCCCUUCAGCCCACAAUGUUUGCGCUGAACACAAUGCCAAGUUAAUCUCUUCUGUCUGCACAUGAUCCAAAUCCUUCCAUUUCAAUGUGCUAAUCAAAAAAGCCUCUUAAACGCUACUAUCGUAUCUGCCUCCACCACCCCACCUCUGCCACAAACCAGGUUUACAUUCCUCACUUAUUAGAAUCUACACACGGCACUCUUCUGUGAAUAUUAAUAAUUGCAGUGUUUCAAUGUCAAGUUGUACUUAUCCUACCAUGUAGUACUGUAUUUCCCAAUUUAAUGAACUGGAAUUUACAAUAUCUAAUAAAAAUAUGCACAAGUUCAUUUACAA